UGUGUCGUGCGUGUGUGCCGGCGGGAAGCUCGGUUGUCGGGGGGCGGCGGCGUGGGUGCGCGGAGGCGUGUGGAGCGGGUGAGCACGGAGGCCCGGCCGUCCCUCGAGGUCCGCGCCCGCGGCGCCCCCCGCCCCCACCCCGCCGCACCCCCACCGCACCUCCGCGGCUCGCCAGGUGGGGUUCGGGUCGCGGCUUUCGGAUCGCGGGAGCCCGCCCGGCUCUCCCCACCCCCACCCCCGCUACCCGCACUUGGGGGCUGGCGGUGCUGGUGCCGGGUGCCGGCGGUGCUGGUGCUCGGUGGGUGAGCGGCGGAGCUGGGUGUGUGUGUGUGGCGGGGGAUCGCGCCGGGGGAUCCCCGGUUCCGGGCCUCCCCUCACCGCCGAGGACAUCCGCCCGUCCGCGCCGCGCCGUCCGCGGCGGCCGCGUCCCCGAACCUCGGGGUCGGGUGUUUGUGCUUGCUCCCGCGGGGCCGCCGGGCGGCCGUGGCACGCGUCCUGAAGCCGGUGCCUGCGGGGCGGCCGAGGUAGAGCGACUACGGAGCGGGGGGAACCCCCCCUCCCCCUUCCACCACCACCCUCAACCUGGGCAGCCCCGGUGCCGCCGCCGCCAUGGAACUGGGCCCGGAGCCCCCCCACCGCCGUCGGCUGCUCUUCGCCUGCAGCCCUCCCGCGCCCCUGUCCACGGCCCAGGCCUUGUUGGGCACGGCCGCUGAUGGGGGGAUGUCCCCUGUCACCAACCUGGCCGUCACGAUGGACCAGCUGCAGGGCCUGAGCAGUGAGUGUGAGCAGCCACUGGAGUUGAAAAACAACAGCAGUCUUCAGAGAAUGGGCUCUUCCGAAUCCACAGAUUCAGGUUUCUGUCUAGAUUCUCCUGGACCCUUGGACAGAAAAGAAAACCUUGAAAAUGCCAUGAGGAGAAUAAAUUCCCUGCCUCAGAAAUUUUUGGGGUGUAGCCCAGCUCUGAAGAGGAGCCAUUCUGAUUCUCUGGACCAUGACUUCUUUCAGCUCAUCGACCAGGAUGAAAACAAGGAAAACGAAGCCUUUGAGUUUAAGAAGCCAGUAAGACCUGCAUCUCGUAGCUGCCUUCAUGCCCAUGGACUUGACCAGGGCAAAGAUGUCUUCACACAGCGGCAGAACUCAGCCCCAGCACGGAUGCUAUCGUCACAUGAAAGAGAGACUGAGACAGGGAAUUUCGUCCCAUUUUUUACACCCCAGUCACCUGUGACAGCCACUUUGUCUGAUGAGGAUGAUGGUUUCAUGGACCUUCUUGAUGGAGAGAAUCUGAAGAAUGAUGAGGAGACCCCAUCGGGCAUGGCAAGCCUCUGGACAGCUCCCCUGGUCAUGAGAAGAACUACAAAUAUUGGCAAUGGGUGCAAGCUAUUUGAAUCCCCGUCCCAGUGUGUGUUCAGCAGUCGAUCUGCAAUGAAGAGAACAGACCGAUCUCAAGAGGAAUCUCCACAGGGCAGCACAAAGCGGCGGAAGAGCUUGGUUGGAGCUAGUCCUGGAGGGUCCCCCGAGAUUCUCCACCAGUCUUUAUCUUCGACGUCUUCACUCAAAGGGACCAUAGAGAACAUUCUGGACAAUGACCCCAGGGACCUCAUAGGGGAUUUCUCCAAGGGUUAUCUCUUUCAUACAGUUGCUGGGAAGCAUCAAGAUUUAAAAUACAUUUCUCCGGAAAUCAUAGCAUCUGUUUUGAAUGGCAAGUUUGCUAAUCUCAUUAAAGAGUUUGUUAUCAUUGACUGCCGGUACCCAUAUGAAUAUGAAGGAGGCCAUAUCAAGGGUGCAGUGAACUUACACAUGGAAGAAGAAGUUGAAGAGUUCUUGCUGAAGAAGCCCAUUGUACCUACCGAUGGCAAGCGUGUCAUCGUCGUGUUCCACUGCGAGUUUUCUUCGGAGAGAGGCCCCCGCAUGUGCCGGUAUGUGAGGGAGAGAGAUCGGCUGGGUAACGAAUAUCCCAAACUUCACUAUCCUGAGCUCUAUGUCCUGAAGGGAGGAUACAAGGAGUUCUUCCUGAAAUGCCAGUCUCAUUGUGAACCCCCCAGCUAUCGCCCCAUGCACCAUGAAGACUUUAAAGAAGACUUGAAGAAAUUCCGUACCAAGAGCCGGACGUGGGCAGGGGAAAAGAGCAAAAGAGAAAUGUAUAGUCGUCUGAAAAAACUCUGAAUGUGGUGGUGGGGUGCUGGUGCCCCCCCCCUUCCCCCUUCCUUUUUGCUGCAGGAAAAAAGAAAAAGGAGAGAAAAAAAAAACCAACUUGAACAAAGCCACGUGGCUUGGGUGACAUUUGGAGAGAGAGAGAGAGAGAGAGAGAAAGGGCCUGGGGCUUUCCAAGCCUUACAUGUGACUUGUCACACCCCUGGGGCAAUCUGCUAAGGCUGUUUAGUGCCACAAGUGCCGCCCUCCCCCCCUUGCCAAACUCCUUCACAGCUGGGUCCAGCCACGUGACCUCUCUCAGGAGAAGAAAAGCAACCAAGAGAGAUGCUACCGCUGCUGCUGCUGCUGGCCGAAUUACCAAAGACAGCCUGGGAAAGCAAGCCAGCAAGCCAGCGUCUGCGUGGGGAUACCCUAGAUCUUUUAAUUUAUUCAACCUCAUCAAUUAUUUUAAAUUUUUUUUAAACUCCUGGAGACUUUUACUGCUUCAUUAAGUCAAAAAUACUGCCAUUCUAGGUAGGGUGUUUUCGUGGUUUUUUUUUUUUUUUUAAUCAUCCCAGGGACUACCUCUGCUUUUAAUUUAAAAGGGAAAAAACAAGAAGAAAAAGGAAGGUAGGAGAUGAGAAAAGGGCAAGUCUGUUGGGAGUUUUGGGGGAGCAGAGCUUUGGAGCUCUGUCUCUGCCAUGCCCCCCACCCUCCACCCCCAGGUUGCACUGCAUAUACUAAGGGCUGCUGCUAUUAAAGUCACGAGCUGGGACACUCGUCUCAGGCUCAUUGUACAGGACAUAAGCUUCCCAUUUCCCCAGAACUACCUCCGGCCAUUGCGAUCUCUUUUUGGGGAGGAGUGGAGGGGGGGGGUUGGACUCCUGUCUGCUUCUCCACCCCAGAUCUCUGUGAACGGUAGCUGGUUAUAGGAAUCACAGAAAAGCACUUGAGGCAGCUUCCCCCUAUUUUCUUCCCAUGUUGGAACUUUGGUAGCACGGAGAUCCCAAGGUAUUGAAUCUAGGGGGCUGGGGUGGACUAGGGUGAAUGGACUCCAUUAUAUGAGUCAAGAAUGGAAUCAGAGUCUAGCUAGUGGUUCCUGGCAUAAAGGUGACACAUUGUAGGUUCUUUUCUUCUAAGGGAGUUGUGGAAUUUGAAGGUAUU